AUGGACAGUCGGGUACUCGAGCAUCCUCACGCCCAGUUCGGAGGCUCCUUGGGCGGGCUGGUGGGCUUCCCGUACGCACUCGGCCCCCAUCACCACCACCAUCAUCACCAGCACGUCUACGAGCUCGCCAGCGGGCACCAGCUGCAGUCCGCUGCCGCCGUCCCCUUCUCUAUAGACGGAUUACUUAACGGCUCCUGCUCGGCCUCGGUGGUCAGCUCCAACUCGCUGCUCUCGCCCGACAGCCAGCAUUUCAAACUCUCAGAUUCUGGGGACCAGGAUAAGGACAGUCCCGGUUGUAAACGGAGACGCACGAGGACGAAUUUCACCGGGUGGCAGCUGGAGGAGCUCGAAAAGGCUUUCAACGAGAGUCACUAUCCGGAUGUAUUCAUGCGGGAGGCGCUCGCGCUCAGGCUUGACCUCGUGGAGUCCAGGGUUCAGGUUUGGUUCCAAAACCGACGUGCUAAAUGGAGAAAAAAGGAGAACACAAAGAAAGGGCCAGGGCGGCCUGCUCACAACUCCCACCCGACCACGUGCAGCGGCGAGCCCAUGGACCCCGAGGAGAUCGCACGCCGGGAGCAAGAGCGGGCCGAGAAGAAGAAACGGAAACAGGAGAGGAAGCUUCUGAAGUCACAGAACAAACUUCUCACAGGUGACAGCUUCCACACACCCGGAGGUUCAGAGAGUGACAGCGGGGUCUCCCAGUUCACCGACAGUGAGCAGCAGUCUUCAAGCGUUAAUGGGACUAUUCAUAUUGAACUGCCAGCAACAAAGGGCGCAGGAGGACACCAAACUGAAUCCAGCUGUGACCAAACACGACACGACUUCAGCCAACUACAAAACCACCAAAACCAAAGAACCGCAGGAGAACCGGAGCAGGUUUCUCCAGGCAGCACGCACAGUUCCAGUCCUGGAGGCCCGAGGUCCUCUGCCCUGCAGAAACGCAACCCUUUCAGUGUGGAGAGCCUCCUCUCUGACGCCACGCCUCGACGGAAAUCUCAGCUGGACUUCCCAUCAUUGCCCAGUCAGAGGACACUGGUGGGUAAAGGCCACUUCUUGCUUUACCCCAUCACCCAUCAGCCCUUGGGUUUUCUAGUGCCCCAAACAGCCCUGAAGGCCUCACCGUGUCAGGACAACAGCAUUAACAGACUCAGCCUGGGACAGAGGUGUGUGCCAAGUGACGGGAGCCCUGCACCCUCUGACCUCUCCAGCUUUGUCACUAAGCCUCUAAACUCGGAUCAUAUGGAGCAUAACACGCAGCAUCACCACAAUCACAUUAGCAAUAGAGCGGACGGAGCGGAUGUGGAGGAGUGUGGUGGUGACUGCAGUACUGGAAGAUUCCCUGUUUCUCCUCCACCAAAUAGUGUGGCUCAGAUGGCUCUGGCCAGGCUGAGCUCCACACAGUCCAGUGACAGUAGCGAGGAGAGGAGUUUGAAAGUUCGAACGGAGGCAGCAUCCAAUGGCUGCCAAGCUGCCGAGCUGCGUGCAAAAGAGAAGUGUGCAAGAGAGGACCGAGCAUCUCCAGACCUCUCCGAGCAUCUCAAGACAAACACAGACUGUCAAGAAACACCCGGAACAGAUGGAGAGGAUGUCGAUAUGGACUAACACUUGCAAGGAGCAAACAUAAACAAAGGACCAGGAACACCACUCAGACUAUUCAAACAUUCCCAAAGCUCUGCUGAGACACUCUAAAACAUAUCAGGAAUCAGGAGACUUAAUUCUCAUCUAUUUUUUAAUCAUAAUGUGUGAUCAAUCCAGAUGGCCCCUGAAAAAGCUGUGGCCAUCAUCAUAUUCAGGCUUUAGGCCUAAAACACCUUUAGAAGCAGGUUCUUUCUCUCUUUUUUGAUGACCAACUUGUAACAAAAACUAGGCUACAGUAAACA